GCCAGAGCCCCGUCCGAGGCCAGCAUGUCACUGCAGAGGAUCGUGCGCGUGUCCCUGGAGCAUCCCACCCAUGCUGUGUGCGUGGCUGGCGUGGAGACCGUCGUGGACAUAUAUGGAUCGGUUCCCGAGGGUACAGACACGUUCGAGGUCUAUGGAACCCCGGGGGUGGACAUCUACGUCUCUCCGCGCGCUGAGAGGAGCCGGGACCAGCGUGCGGACGCCAGACGGUGGAAAUUUGAGGAGGGCUUAGAGAUCAUCGUGGUCAUGAACUCCCCCAGCAACGACCUCAAUGACAGCCACGUGCAGAUUUCUUAUUACUCCAGCUGCAAGUCUCUGCCCUUGGCCCGUGCUGUGCUCUACCUCACCUGUGUGGAUAUCGCCCUGGACUGCAACCUGAACAAUGAAGGCAGGCAGGACAGGAGCUCUGUGGACAAGCGGCAGUGGGUCUGGGGGCCUGGUGGCUAUGGAGCCAUCUUGCUGGUGAACUGCGACAGGGACGAUCUGGACUGUGACGUCCCAGACAACCGUGACCAGCACGUGCGCUGCCUGCAAGAUCUGGAAGACAUGUCCGUCAUGGUCCUGCGGACCCAGGGCCCGGCCGCCCUCUUUGAGGACCACAAACUUGUCCUCCACACCUCCAGUUAUGACGCCCAGCGGGCACGGGUCUUCCAUGUGUGCGGCCCCAAGGACUCCUGUGAGGCCUACAAGUGCGUGCUGGGCCAGGACAAGGUGUCGUUCGAGGUGCCCCGUCUCCAUGGAGACGAGGAGCUCUUCUUCAUCGAGGGCCUCUGCUUCCCCGACGCUGGCUUCCAAGGGCUGGUCUCCUUCCAUGUCACCCUACUGGAUGACUCCAACAAGGACUUCUCCGAGUCCCCAAUCUUCACCGACACUGUGGUCUUCCGGGUGGCACCCUGGAUCAUGACGCCCAGCACCCUGCCGCCCCUGGAGGUCUACGUGUGCCGUGUGAGGAACAACACGCGUUUUGUGGAAGCCGUGGAGGAACUGGCGAGUAGGGCAGGCUGCAAACUGACCAUCUGCCCACAGACUGAGAACCGUAACGACCGCUGGAUCCAGGAUGAGAUGGAGCUGGGCUACGUCGAGGCACCGCACAAAACCUUCCCGGUGGUCUUCGACUCCCCAAGGAACGGGGAGCUGCAGAAGUUCCCCUACAAAAGGAUCCUGGGUAUAGAUUUUGGCUACGUGACCCGGGAACCACGGGACAAGUCUGUGAGUGGCCUGGACUCCUUCGGGAACCUGGAGGUCAGCCCCCCAGUUGUGGCCAACGGCAAGAAGUACCCCCUGGGGCGGAUCCUCAUCGGGGGCAACCUGCCUGGGUCAAAGGGCCGCAGGGUCACCCAGGUGGUGCGGAACUUCCUCCACGCCCAGAAGGUGCAGCCGCCCGUGGAACUCUUCGUGGACUGGCUGGCCGUGGGCCACGUGGAUGAGUUCCUGAGCUUUGUCCCUGCCCCGGAUGGAAAGGGCUUCCGGAUGCUCCUGGCCAGUCCCGCUGCCUGCUUCCGGCUCUUCCAGGAGAAGAAGAAGUGGGGCCACGGCAGGGCCCUCCUCUUCCAGGGAGUCGUCAGUGACAGGCGGGUCAGGACCAUCUCCAUUGACCAGGUCCUUUCCAAUGGAAGCCUCAUCAGCUUUAAUAAGUUCGUGCAGAGCUGCAUCGACUGGAACCGGGAGGUGCUGAAGCGGGAGCUGGGCCUGGAGGAUCCGGACAUCAUCGACGUCCCGCAGCUCUUCAAGUCGGAGCAGAAAAAGGCGAUGGCCUUCUUCCCUGACUUGGUGAACAUGCUGGUGCUGGGCAAGCACCUGGGCAUCCCCAAGCCCUUCGGGCCGGUCAUCAACGGCCGCUGCUGCCUGGAGGAGAGGGUGCGCUCGCUGCUGGAGCCGCUGGGCCUCCACUGCACCUUCAUCGACGACUUCACCCCCUACCACCUGCUGCACGGGGAGGUGCACUGCGGCACCAACGUGCGCCGGAAGCCCUUCGACUUCAAGUGGUGGAACAUGGUGCCCUGAGCCCGCUCCUGCCCACUUCUCCCCUGGGCAGGGCGUGGGAGGCCGGCCCCCACAGAGCGAGCAGCUAGAGACCCCCAGGUUCCAGAGGCAACGCUGAGGGUGACCGUCCCCUCAGAGGCCUCUGCCCUGCAAGGUUCCAUGCCUACCUGCAAUCCGUUUGCCUUCCAACAUGAAUUCUGUCGGCCCCCGUGUGGAUCAUCGUGACCCACGGUAACUCCCCAGUCCUAUUUCUCACCCGCCCUAAACCUUCUAUUUGGCACCAAGUUCACUUUGGGAUCUAGAAACAUCCUUCUCGUCAGCCCUCCUGUCCUGUGCGUGCUCGCUGAGGAGGGCCUCGGGGUUCGCUUUGGCCUGGUUGCCUCCUGCCCCUCAGGGGAGUGACCCCUAGGGUUCCACCGCUCUGCACAGGGUGGGGUCCAUCCAUGUCCAAAGCCCUGCCCCCCGCCUGAGCCGUCACAGGGUAGAUGCCGCUCGAUGGGCAUGAAUGCAGUGACAGUUGGCUUGGCCUUAUAAACGCCCCCAGCAUCUGACAUUCAGAGAGCCGGCUUUGUCCAAAAUCCUCCCAGAAUUUCUUGCAAGUGAGGGGAUCUGGGGAUAUUGGAGGUUCAGAGGCCUGGGUCCGAGGACGAAAAGGGCCUUUCGUAUCGCACAGAGUUGAACCUGGUGACCACGCUGUGGGGAGGGGAGAGCCUGGCAGAUGUGACCCUCAGCCUUCUGUUGACACCCUGCCGUGCUACAGAGCCAGGAGACGCUCUGGAGGGGACAGCGUUGGGAACAAACCUGCAAGACGGGUGUCAGCUAUGUGUGUGUUUUGUGUGGGUCCAGCUGGGUUUCCAUCACUGGCUAAUAAAUCAAAAGAAACACACACGGCAUUGGGUGUCAUUUCGUCUCUGGGCUUAGAGGAAGAUGGCAGUGGCGGGGAGUCUCUUACUGUGGCCGUAAUUGCUUGCCUGCUGCCUGAGAAUGCGGGGCUGGCUGAUCAACCACCUGUGAGUAACGUGCUGUGGCUGCUUUGGCUCGGCUACAGAACGAGCCACGGGCAGCUGUGACAAUGUAGACUCACGAAAAGCCAGCCUGGGGGACAGAUCCAGGUUCCGGGAUUUUGUAAGCGAGAAGAGUCUUCUGGGUGGA